UGUUGGAAUGCAAACAUGGAUAUUCAGUUUGUGGUCGAUGCAUAUUCAUGUAUUGUGUACAUCAUUUCCUACAUUUCCAAAGCUGAGAGAGAGAUGGGACUGCUCCUGGCAAAUGCUCAGAAAGAGGCCUCCCAGCAAGGCAACCUUGAUGCAAAAGAAGCUCUUCGACAACUUGGUAGUGUGUUUCUGCAUAAUCGUGAAGUUUCAGCUCAGGAAAGUGUGUAUCGCCUGACUAACAUGAGGUUGAAAGAGGGAUCACGCAAGGUGCAGUUCAUCCCAACUGGAGAACAUGUGGUGAGAAUGAGUUUUCCUCUACAUGUCAUACGGAAAAAAGCGGAGUGUGAGAAUGACCAGGACAUUUGGAUGAACAGUAUCACUGACAGAUAUAAAGGCAGACCAAAAAUAGAAAACUUUUCAGAAAUGUGCUUGGCAAGAUUUGCUUCUGAAUACAGAAUUUUAUCAAAAUCUGAGAGCUCGUCUGCUGGCAGUAUAGAGUUGGACAGGAAAUUAGGAUUCAUGAAGAAAAGGACACGCACAGAUGCAGCUGUUGUUCGGUAUGCUCGGUUUUCACCCACAAAGGACCCAGAGAAAUACCAUCAAAGCAUUUUGCAGCUGUUCCUACCACAUUAUUUGGAUUGCCAACUAAAACCACCACCUUUUGGCAGUUACCAGGACUUCUACGAGACUGGCUAUGUGAAGUUUUUCGAUGAUGAAUUACAUUCAGUGAAACGGGUCGUCGACUCCAAUAUGGCAAGUUUUGAAAAGGAAGCGGAUGUGAUAGACAAAGCUGAGGAAGAUCUACAGUUGCAUGGUGUAAUGGAGGAUGCAUGGGCACUGAUCUGUCCAGAGACUGAACGUGAACGGUUGGAGUGCCUCGCCAGCCAAUCCAGUGUAACGCCAGAAAUGAGUGAACACCGUGAUGAGAUACCAGAUUUGUUACCGAGACCGGGUCGCCAUAUGUUCCAGGACAAUCCUUGUGGUAUGUCAAGGCAGGAAGCGCUGGCUUUGCUUCGCUCACUGAACAAGAAGCAGUCUGAGAUCUUUUACAAAAUAAGAAGCUGGUGUUUACAGAAGACACGUGGUGAAAAUCCAGAACCAUUUCAUGUAUUUAUAUCUGGACCCGGAGGUGUGGGCAAGUCUGUCUUGAUCAAAGCAAUACAUUAUGAGGCAUCUUGUAUCUUGUCAAAGUUGUCAGAUAACCCGGAUGAGAGGCACGUGCUGCUGACUGCUCCGACUGGGGUUAGUGCCUACAACAUCAGUGCUGCGACAAUACACGCCUGUUUCCACAUUGCAACGGAUGUGAAAUUGCCUUAUCAACCACUUGGAGAUGAGAAGAUAAAUUCAUUGAGAGCUGAACUGGGAAACCUGCAGAUAUUGAUUAUAGAUGAGAUUUCAAUGGUAGAUCACAAACUGCUUUCAUAUAUUCAUGGCAGAUUGAGGCAAAUCAAGCAAACUGGAGAUUAUUCUGCUUUUGGUAACGUCUCAAUAGUUGCCGUUGGAGAUUUCUACCAGCUUUGUCCCGUGAAAGGGAAACCUUUGUAUGCUGAGACUAAAGGUGUCAAUCUAUGGCAGAAUCAUUUUGCUUCAGUGGAGCUGACGGACAUCAUGAGACAGAAAGAUAUGGAUUUUGCACAGUUGCUGAAUCGGCUAAGGAAACGCAAAAGGGGUGAUGCAAUGCUAGAGGAAGACAUUGCUAUGCUGAAACGACGUGUGACAGACCAAGGACAAGACAGUACUGCCCUUCAUAUCUAUGCGACUAAUGAUGAAGCCGAUCUGCAUAACCAUCGCAUGCUGCAGAAGGUAUGCUCAGACCCGAACUCUUUCUGA